AGACCCCGAAAUGGCUGCACUGCUAUCCAACAGCAGGAAAGAGAAGGUGGUGGUGGGAAAAAAAAAAUCCUACCUCCCAUAUCAACCCCUUCCCACCUCCUCUCAAAACUUUACCAGUUUCGAAAAGUAAGACUAAAGCGCUGAGCAGUAGCAGCAGCAGCAGGAGGAGGAGUUCAUCACUUUUCCUUUUCACUGUCGAGUAUCUGUGCCUGUUAGGCUGAGUCUGACAACUUAAUUGGUUCCCUCGGGCGCUCUUUUCUUCUUCUUCUUCUUCUUCUUCAAAUUCAGCUUUUCGUGCCGUCUGCCACACCUGCCUGCCAAACUGAUGGGCGCGGCUGGGACCGGUGCCAAAAUCUCUGUUUUUACUUGCCUGGGAAAGUUGAGCGAAAAGACACAAUAGGAUCGAGGACUUUAAGAACAUCCCCGCACGACGCGUCAGCUUCACAUAAACACAUUGUUCCUCCGGUGGUGGAUCCGUCGCUCUAUCCUGCGAGGAAUCCGUAUUUGAUCGGUACUUGUUGGAAGUGGCUGAAGAUUAAAAUGGGAUGGACGAGUUAACAAGGCAGAUGGACUUCUCAGAAGAAAAGGUUGUCACAGAAACCAUAACCUCCACAACCAGACUGACAUCUCUCCCACCAAAGGGAACCAGCGGAUCAAAUCACAGGAAUAUGUCCAGCAGUGCUGGAGGGCUGGGCUUGGAGAAGAAUGUCUUAACCCAGAACAGCAGCAGUGGAACUUACUUUUCUUCAUCUUCUGUAGGUGUGAACACCGGGAGCUAUAGCUCCUCCUCGGGAAUCUACCUCGGCGGAGACUCCUCAGGAGGGGGUGAGGGAGGUGGGACCUACAUAGAUGGAGAAAGCUUUGGAAUUGCCACAGGAGGAGGAGGAGGAGGCAGCGGGGGCAGUUAUCUCGUGAGCUCCGCGUCCAAGGUCCGGUCCAGCUCGUCGGGCGGUGCCAGGAGGACGCAGACUGCUGGCUCAUCAGGAGGCCUGUCGCCAGCUUUCCGGGAGAGGAAGCUCAUAUCCAGCCGCUCAGGAGGCUAUGAUGGGAGUUCCAGUGCUAAUUCCUCUCCAGAAUUUACUCGCAAAGAUUAUGGAAACUAUUGCUCUGGUGCCACAAGAGGGAGAAGCGAAAGCAGAGAAAGCGAGAUCAGAGUCAGAUUGCAAAGUGCCUCCCCCACUCCCUGCAGAUGGACAGAGUUGGAUGACGUGAAGAAACUGCUGAAGGGACGCUCUAGCAGUGUCAGCCCCACUCGCUCCUCCAGUGCCUCCAUCACCCUGCCUGUCCCUAAAAAGGCCAGCGUGGAGCCCAAGACCAUCUCAGUGGCCUCACAGUCAGUUUCAAGUUCUUUUGGCUCUGGUGUGAGAUCACCUGGGUUCAACACCAUUGAUUUAUCAGGACUGUAUGAUACCGGCUUGACAAAUGGAAAGCUUGAUAAAUCAAGCCAGUAUGAUAUCACAGACAAGUAUGAUACUGGUGUCAAAUCAAUUCAGUAUGAUGGUAGUCUGAAAUCAGGACAGUAUGAUACUGGUGUGAGAUCAGGACAGUAUGAAAUCAGUGUGAAAUCAGGACAGUAUGAUACUGGUGUGAGAUCAGGACAGUAUGAUACUGGUGUGAGAUCAGGACAGUAUGAUACUGGUGUGAGAUCAGGACAGUAUGAUACUGGUGUCAAAUCAACUCAGUAUGAUGGUAGUCUGAAAUCGGGGCAAUAUGAUACUGGUGUGAGAUCAGUGCAGUAUGACACCACUGUAAGAUCAGGUCAAUAUGACACUCUGGACUCCACGGUGUUCCCCGCUUUCUCCUGGUCCACCUCCACUCUGCCGUCCUCCUCCACCGCAGUCAUUGCUGGCAACACCAGCAGCUACACAUACCAAAGUGGGCAGGUCAGCGCCAACAACAUGGCUGCAGGCUUGGCACCAGUCACCCCCACCUCUCCAUCAUCCCUGUCAGGUGAGACCAAAUGUUCCUGGAUAUACAUGGAUACGUUGUCACUACACAUGCAUUUAUUAUGCUCCAUAUCUACACAUGCUUACAUAUGCACAGAUGGUUCAUCUGGAGUUGUAAUGAAAGACAAAGCCACCUAUGCAGAGAUUCACAGGGACAGCGGCAUCUUCGGAGGUGGAGGACUAUGCUGUUGUUCGGACUCCUGUUGCUCCUGGUGGAAGUGGCUGCUGGGCCUUCUCCUUCUCUCCCUGCUCUUGCUGGGACUCCUGUUUGGCCUCAUUGCUCUGGCACAAGUUCAGAUUUCCACAAGUGAUGUCAGCGCAGGUGGUAAUGGCAUUGGAGGGUCUGCUGGUACUUCUGGUGUUGGAGCUGGUGCCAGUUCCAGUGGGAGCUCCAGCAGCAGUGGAAGCAGCAGCGUCGGGAGUGCUGGUACAAGUCAAAGUGGUAGAGUUGAUGCUGUUGGUACCAGUCAACAAGUUGGGGUUACCGGUUCUGCUGGUGGUGCCGGUACUGGCACUGACCUCAGGAUCAGCGUGAGUGGAGGACACAUAGAUUCUGCUGCUCUUCAGCUGGCCAUCCAGCACAUGUUAAGGGCUGAAAUGCAGUCGCAGGCAUUCAAAGCUACUUUAGCAUCCUCAGUACAGGGAGAGAGAGGAUUGCCUGGGCCUAAAGGAGAUUCCGGUUUCCCUGGCAUCCCAGGUCCUCCAGGUGCGAUGGGACAUUCAGGCCCCGAAGGUCCCAAAGGACAAAAAGGAACCCAAGGUGAACAUGGAGCCGAGGGGCCACCGGGUCUUAGAGGUCGUGAGGGCCCAGUUGGCCCGAGAGGUGAGCCAGGACCUCCAGGCUUUGGAAUUAAAGGCGACAGAGGUGCUCAUGGAGAUCCUGGGGUUCCUGGGUCUGUAGGACCUAUCGGGCCCCCUGGACCAAAAGGUGCACAGGGGCUGUCUGGAAGUUUUGGGCCACCAGGUCAACCAGGUCCUCAAGGUUUCCGUGGCGAAUCAGGGCCUGCUGGGGCUAAAGGUGAUAGAGGGCUUGCUGGAUUCCAGGGACUUAAAGGUGACACUGGUGACAAAGGUCCCAGAGGUGCACAAGGUGAAUCCGGUUUGCCAGGUCCGCCCGGGCCAGCUGGAGAAAAAGGCUCCAAAGGAUCAGUGGGACUUUCUGGACAAGAUGGCGCAAAGGGAUCAAGAGGUGACCAAGGACCAGCUGGGCCUCCUGGACUCAGAGGUUCUGCUGGGUCUCCUGGGGAUAAUGGACUUCCAGGAACACCUGGACUUCAAGGACCACCAGGGAUACCAGGAAAUCCAGGACAACCCGGCACCAAAGGUGACACUGGUGCACCAGGACGCAUCAUCAAUGCAGCUGGCUCCACUGCUGUUGGCAUCCCAGGAGCACCUGGGCCUGCCGGUCCUCCUGGUCCCCCUGGGGCUCCAGGAUUAUCAGGUCCCAUCGGCCCUGCUGGUCUGCCUGGCCAACCUGGUCCUAAAGGUGACAGAGGAGAAAAGGGAGACCUGGGAGAAUCAGAACUAUCCUUGAGGAAGAGGAGUGAGACGGUUUCUUCAAGCAGAACAGACAGGCUGUAUCGUGAAAAUGGAGGUUUCGCACAGUCUGGCCCACCGGGUCCACCUGGGCCUCCAGGACGUCCAGGAGAUUCCAGACAAGGACCUCCAGGACCACCUGGGCCCCCAGGCCAGCCAGGUUAUGGAAGACCAGGACCUAAAGGAGACAAAGGGGACUCCAGCUUUGUAUCCAGCGCUGGUGCAGCCUUAUAUCCAGGACCACCAGGACCUCCUGGGCCUCCCGGGGCUAAAGGAUCAACAGGUCUUCAAGGGCCCAGGGGAUACCAAGGUGAAACCGGUCAGCCAGGUGUGCCCGGCACCCCGGGAACACCAGGAACCAACGAGAGAGUGUCAACAUAUGGUGGAGGACGUGGGCUCCCAGGACCACCGGGUCCACCAGGGCCUCCAGGGCCUCAAGGAUUCAAAGGGGACACUGGAGCACCAGGCGCUUCAAGAGGCUCAAUCUCAGUCACGUCAGGUCCUCCUGGUCCUCCAGGUCCUCCUGGCCCUCCAGGCUUCCCGGGCUCCUUUGCUUCUUCUACUGAGAUGCGGCAGUACAUCAGUGACUAUUUAAGUAGAGCCUCUGCCAUUCCUGGACCUCCAGGUCCACCUGGACCACCAGGACCCCCUGGAACCUACUCAGGCUCUAUAGAUGACAUUUCUCUUCGUGUCAUUGCAUACCUACGACGUUCAGACUCAGGAUUCAGUUUGGGUGUUCAGGGUCCUCCAGGACCACCUGGUCCUCCUGGACCUGCCUCUGGAUCCCUGACAGUCAGCGGUCUCAUAGCUAUGCUUCAGAGAGAUGACGUGAGGAGAUAUUUGACAGGACCACCAGGGCCACAAGGGCCACCAGGACCUCCAGGGACAUCAGUAGGACUUUCAGACAGUUAUAGAGUAGAGGAGAUAGCUACAUACGUCUUCAAUUUCAUGACCGAGAGAGGACUUGCAAGUGGUGCACCUGGGCCACGUGGUCCUCCUGGGGUUCCAGGGCCUCCUGGUCCAGCAGGGUCUGGCUUCACUACCGCUACUAUUGACUAUUCUGCACUAAUAAAGAAUUCAGAUUUCCGUUCAUGGAUCGCAUCUGCUGUGCAACAAGGCCCUCCUGGUCCUCCGGGUGUUCCAGGGCUACCUGGGCCUACUGGCCCUCAGGGCCCGCCAGGAGUCUCCACUGCUACUGUGUAUGGGGCAGGAGGUCGUGGCUACAGCUUGGAAGAAAUCCAGCGUUACUUGCAGGGUUCUGGGUUUAGAGGUCUUCCUGGCCCUCCUGGUCCUCCAGGUCCACAGGGUCCACCAGGCACUUACACUGGAUCAGUUUCUUACAGUGGGAACUUCCCCAGGGAGAGCAUCCACACUGAAAUUCAGCAGUAUCUAACCAGUGACAGUGUUCGCCGUACCAUCAUGGGACCUCCAGGGCCUCCCGGUCCAAGGGGUCAGAAAGGAGAGCGUGGAGAGCCAGGCUACAUCCAGACCUACGCACAGAGUCAGACCUACGCUCAGGGUGACUCUCACAACAACCCACAGAUCAGACAGAUAGAUGUCAGCAAGCUUGCUGAGACAUUGGACUACUCUAAUGUCGCCAUAAAAGUUACAGACUACAUCAAGAGUCAGGGCCUGCUGCAAGGGUAUUCAGGUGGGGCUUCUUUGACCACAAAUGUUCGAGCUAUUCAAGGCCCGCCAGGCCCGCCCGGCCCUGCUGGACCACCUGGUCACAGUCGUGUUUUUGCAGCUUACGGCAAUAUCACAGCUGAUCUCAUGGACUUCUUCAGAGUCUAUGGCACCAUUCCCGGUCCUUCAGGAAGCCCUGGGCCAAAAGGGGAAAGAGGGUACCCAGGACCCAAAGGAGACAAAGGUGAUCCUGGACCUCCAGGUUUAGCUGGAAUACCCGGGACAUAUACUGUCCAAAUUCCACACAGAGUGCAGAAGAGGGAAGCAGGCAAUAAACUGGUUGGUCGUCGUCAGAAGCAUCGCCGUCAGGCUGGCAGCGGUUAAAGGGCUAACAUACUACUGGAUCAUAACAGAUUUCAUUUCAUUUUCACUCAGUUUUUUUUUUAGGUCUUUAACUGUACCAAUUUAAGUAGCUAAAAUGCUUUUCACUGUUUCCAACUGUAGAAAAGUCAGUUUGAGAAAAUAAAAGCAGCCAGAAAAAUGCAUCAGUGUCUUUAAAACAGCUUCAGUAGACAUUAAGGGUUUAUAGACGCUCGUCAGUGUUUUUCAGGCAUAUACUUCAUUUUGUUUUAAUCAUGUGGGUGUAUAAUGUUUACUCUGGUUAAUUAGAAGCUUGCAAUUGGACAUUUUCCUGGGGCAGCUUUGUUUACGAGAAUAUAUUUUUAAGCAACAAGUAGCAGUCGCUGAUAUUUUUUGCAUCUUUUUCCACACUGAGUGCCUGGUGUACCUUUUUUUUUUUUUUUUUAAAUUGUCGUCAUUUGAGGAUUAUAUUGUAUUGAGGACUAUAUAAGUGUAUCCAUAAGCAUUCACUGCAUACAAAUUACAACAGCUUACUCUUUAAAUGCAUACAUGUAUUACUAUGUAAACCUGACAGUCUCAGACAGAGGGAGGGUUACAGUUAAUGUUGCUGCAGGCACAACUGAUAAUUGUGGGUUAGAGACACAUUGUUGGCGUGGUUGAAAGAGUGACUCGGAUGAUCACUAAGAAGUGGAUUGGAUUGUACAUUUUUUGUGUGAAAGGGCACUGAAUUUGAUAUAUUUUUUCUUUAUACCUUUAAGUGUUGCAGAGAUUAAGUUAUAAAAUGUUCCCAGAUUAUGUUUUUACAUGAUUAUACCUAUUGACAUUUUGUCAAUAUAAAAAAAAGAAGGAAAAACAAUAGAAAAAUAAACCUAUUUUUGGAAUUGUGAGUUUUGAUAUUUGUACUACUAAAUUUGUCUAAAAAUAAAUUUCACUUGAGUUGCCAAAUAAACAGUCAAUAUUUUAUUUACAAGAAAAAAAAUGUCCAUAUAUAAAGACACAUUAAAUACAUUUCAUCUGACAUAAAAAAUGCAUAUACUAAAGAAUAUUCAUUGUGAUAGAAUGAAACAUUAAAAUGCUGUAACAUAACAAAAUAAAAAAAUAUUUGAAAUCUA